AACCAAGGUCCAACCCCAAUAUCACACACAGCACAGACACUCUCCAAAUCUCUCUGCGCCACUACCAUUCACCUAAUCACCCCUCACUCUCUUCCCCUAUCUUCGUGGGCAGCCAAUCCUUCCCCUUUCGGCCACACCUCUUUCUCUCCCUCUCGCUCACCGUAUCUCCUUCCAAGCCCUCCGCUUACUUCGAUGGCGGCUGGACUAUCCGCCGCGCCAGUCUUUAAGCCUUUCCGUUAUAUAAACGCCUCCUACAUCCUCCCAAAGCCUCUGCCCACUUCACUUGUCCCUCCUUCUACUCGAUACAACAGCUUAUUUCUUGGCGGUCGAAGAAAAACUGGCUUCGCUAUCUGUUUUGUUCUUGAAGAUUUGAAACAGAGCGUCGAAACUGAGAAUCCCGUAGAGGAAGAGAAUGAGAAAGUAAACUACCAGAUCUUGACGCCACGAGUAGCUGAGAGAUUGGCUAGGAAGAGAUCGGAGCGGUUUACUUACUUGGUUGCGGCUGUUAUGUCUAGUUUUGGGAUUACUUCUAUGGCUGUUAUGGCUUGUUACUACAGGUUUUAUUGGCAGAUGGAGGGUGGAGAAGUUCCUUUGGCAGAAAUGUUUGGUACAUUUUCUCUAUCCGUAGGGGCUGCUGUGGGUAUGGAGUUUUGGGCAAGAUGGGCUCAUAGAGCUCUCUGGCAUGCUUCCCUGUGGCAUAUGCACGAGUCUCACCAUCGACCAAGAGAAGGUCCGUUCGAGCUAAACGAUGUAUUUGCAAUUACAAAUGCAGUUCCAGCAAUUGGCCUUCUCUACUAUGGAUUCUUCAACAAAGGCCUUUUUCCUGGUCUUUGUUUUGGAGCUGGUCUUGGCAUUACCGUGUUUGGGAUGGCCUACAUGUUUGUCCACGAUGGUCUUGUUCACAAGAGAUUCCCAGUGGGUCCCAUUGCCAACGUGCCCUAUUUCAGAAAGGUAGCCGCUGCCCAUCAGCUUCAUCACUCUGAGAAAUUCAAUGGCGUCCCAUAUGGGUUGUUUCUAGGACCAAAGGAAAUUGAAGAAGUUGGAGGCCUAGAAGAAUUGGAAAAGGAGACAAGUAGGAGAAAAAAAUCAUACAAUGGUAGAUGAUCAAAUCAAAUUUUUGAUGAUUUGUUUAUGUGUAGAGAAACAACAAUAGUAGUCAUCAAUUGG